AUGGAUGACCUAUAUGAUGAGUUUGGUAAUUACAUCGGCGAUGCGGAAUCGGAUGAAGAGCACCAUGAAGAUGUCCAACCUCAAGCCUUCAAGUUCGAUGAAGCUUUUGAUGAUGAAGAGGAGGAAGAGGAGGUGAAUGAUCAGCAAUUGAUGGAGGUCGAUGAUGGUCCUUCAAAUGCGGUCAUUUUGCACGAAGACAAGCAAUACUACCCUAGCGCACAACAAGUCUAUGGCGAGGAUGUUGAAACUAUGGUCCAGGAGGAAGAUGCUCAACCACUAUCAGAGCCAAUUAUUGCCCCAGUGCAACAGAAGAAGUUUGCGAUCGCAGAGACAGAGCUGCCGCCAGUGCACUUUUCUCGAGAGUUCAUGUCCGAUCUUUUGAACUUCCCAUCACAAAUCAGAAAUGUCGCAAUUGUCGGUCACCUGCACCAUGGAAAGACAGCUUUCAUGGAUAUGCUCGUUCAACAAACGCACGACCUCACAGAGCGAUUAGACAAGCGCAUCGGCCGGAAGAGGGAAGAACAGCUUCGUUAUACCGAUGUCCAUUUCCUUGAGAGAGAACGUGGUCUCUCUGUCAAAUCAGCUCCAAUGAGUCUCGUUCUCCAAGGGACUAAAGGAAAAUCCCACUUGCUCAACCUCCUCGAUACCCCCGGGCAUGUGAACUUUGUUGAUGAGGUGGCUGCUUCUAUCCGCCUAGCAGAUGGUGUGGUACUGGUUGUGGAUGUGGUUGAGGGUGUGCAAGCGAACACUGAACAAAUCAUCAAGCAUGCAGUCUUAGAAGGUCUUCCCCUGACUUUGGUUGUGAACAAGAUGGAUCGACUCAUCCUUGAACUUAAACUUCCCCCCAAUGAUGCCUACUUCAAGUUGAAGCAUGUCAUUGAAGAGGUCAAUACGCUGAUUGAGAGCAUCCUUCCAGGACAGGGCGAGCGACGACGACUGAGCCCCGAGAAGGGUAAUGUUGCCUUUGCAUCAAGCUCCAUGAAUUGGUGCUUCACAUUGCAGUCAUUCGCCCGCAUGUACGCAGACACCUACCCGAGCUUGGACUCUACAGAAUUUGCGGCACGACUUUGGGGCGAUAUCUUCUAUAACCCUAAGAGCCGCAAGUUUACUCGCAAGGGUGUAGAGGAGAACUCGAAGCGAUCAUUUGUCAAGUUUAUCCUGGAGCCAAUCUACAAGCUCUACUCGCAUACACUGAGUGAAAGUCCAGAGGAUUUGAAACAGACUCUGGCUAGUGUCGGUGUUCACCUGAAGCCGUCUCAACUUAAGACUGAUGCGAAGGAAUUGCUCGGUCUUGUCUGUCAACAAUUCUUUGGUCCCCCAUCUGGCUUUGUGGAUAUGGUUGUUCAGCACGUCCCUUCCCCGGUGGAAGGUGCCCAGAGGGCCUUGGAGCGAUACUACACUGGACCUUUGGAUACCAAGGUUGGGGCUUCAAUGGCUGCUUGUAAUUCAGAUGGACCCCUCGUCAUUCAUGUGACCAAACUCUUCAGUAGUAUCGAUGCUGGAAGCUUCCACUCCUUCGGUAGAAUUCUGAGUGGAACCGCCCGACCUGGUCAGCAAGUCCGCGUCCUCGGUGAGGGCUACACGCCAGAGGAUGAAGAAGAUCAGACCACUGCAACCAUCUCUGACACGUGGAUUGCGGAAACUCGCUACAAUAUCUCGACCAACGGUGUUCCUGCCGGUAACUGGGUACUCCUGGGUGGCGUCGACAACUCCAUCGUCAAGACAGCAACGCUGGUGCCGCUUAAGCUCGAGGAUGACGAGGAGGCGUAUAUCUUCCGUCCAAUUCGACACAUGACCGAAUCAGUCUUCAAGGUCGCCGUUGAGCCCGUCAACCCGUCAGAGCUUCCCAAGAUGUUGGAUGGACUGCGGAAAAUCAACAAGAGCUACCCUCUCAUCUCAACCAAGGUGGAAGAGUCUGGAGAGCACGUGGUUCUGGGAACUGGCGAGCUUUACAUGGACUGUGUACUACACGACUUGCGAAAACUGUAUUCAGAGAUGGAGAUCAAGGUCUCUGAUCCCGUCACACGCUUCUGUGAGACUGUGGUAGAAACCUCGGCCAUCAUGUGUUAUUCAAUCACCCCGAACAAGAAGAACAAGAUCACCAUGAUCGCGGAGCCCUUGGAUGAGGGGAUCGCAGAAGACAUUGAAAGUGGCAAAGUUAGUAUCAAAGACCCUAUUCGGAAGGUCGCUCGACACUUCGAGGAGAACUAUGAUUGGGACAAGCUUGCAGCCCGAAGCAUCUGGGCCUUUGGGCCCGAUGAAAUGGGCCCGAAUAUUCUCCAAGAUGACACAUUGCCUUCUCAGGUAGACAAGAAGCUUCUCGGCACUGUGCGGGACUCCAUCACUCAGGGUUUCAGCUGGGGUACACGGGAAGGCCCUCUUUGUGAAGAACCCAUUCGGAACACAAAGUUCAGGCUCACAGAUGUGUCCCUGGCCGAACAGGCUAUCUACCGCGGUGGUGGCCAGAUCAUCCCCACAGCUCGUCGCGCCGUGUAUUCAUCCUUCCUCAUGGCAUCCCCGCGUCUUAUGGAACCAAUCUACUCUUGCACUAUGACUGGACCUGCAGACGCCGUGGCUUCGGUGUACACAGUCUUGUCCCGCCGACGAGGUCACGUCCUGUCAGAUGGCCCCAUUGCCGGCACGCCUCUUUAUUCCGUUCGCGGCUUGAUCCCAGUCAUUGACUCCUUUGGCUUUGAGACCGAUCUGCGCAUUCACACGCAAGGUCAAGCCUCGGUCAAUCUUGCUUUUGACAAGUGGAGUGUGGUCCCUGGUGAUCCGCUUGACCGGGAUGUCAAAUUGAAGCCCUUAGAGAUGGCCCCUGCUAUGGCUACUGCCCGGGACUUUGUUUUGAAAACAAGGAGACGUAAGGGUCUGGCUGAGGAUGUUACUGUGAGCAAGUUUUUGGAACCUGAGCUCUGGAAGGGACUGAAAGAAAGUGGCGUUUUGGACUCAUGA